AUGACUGCCAAAGCUUCUUGCAUCCGCAGGGCUCAGCCUCUCACUGUCGUUAUCAAACUAGGCACUAGUUCCAUUGUCGAUGAAAAGACUCAUGAGCCUCUUCUGCCUAUCCUGACCUUGAUUGUCGAUACCGCCGUCAAGCUGCGCAAGGAGGGCCAUCGAGUCGUCAUUGUCUCUUCUGGCGCCAUCGGCGUUGGCCUGAGACGCAUGGAUGUUGAUCGCCGUCCUAAGCAUCUGGCCCAACUUCAGGCCUUGGCCGCUAUUGGACAGUGCCGUCUCAUUUCCCUUUGGGAUAGCCUAUUUAGCCACUUGGACCAGCCUGUUGCUCAGAUCCUUCUUACCAGGAAUGAUAUUGCCGACCGUACCCGUUACCUCAACGCCCAAAAUACAUUCAAUGAGUUGCUUGACAUUGGCGUCAUCCCCAUUGUCAACGAGAACGAUACCCUCGCUGUGUCUGAAAUCAAAUUCGGUGACAAUGAUACUUUAUCCGCCAUCACCGCGGCCAUGAUUCACGCCGACAUGCUCUUCCUCAUGACCGAUGUCGACUGUCUCUAUGACAAGAACCCUCGCACCAACCCCGAUGCCCGAGCCAUCGAGGUUGUUGAUGAUAUCGGCGCCCUUGAGGCAGAUGUCUCGAGCGCUGGUUCAUCUCUCGGCACCGGUGGCAUGAUGACCAAGAUUAUUGCUGCCAAGCUGGGUACCUCGGCUGGCGUGACGACCAUCAUCACCCGGUCGUCGAACCCUGGCAAUAUUCUUGGCAUUGUCAACUACCUCUACAGUUCUCCUAGGUCCUCGGUGAUAGACGACCCAGAGAACGGAAAUUCUCUUUCCCGCACCGCCUCCCUCAACCUCAUGGCUCCCUCGGGCGUCGGUUUCAACGGCCCCCCUCUCCACACCCGCUUCCUGCCUUCCAGCGAUCCUAUCCGCGAUCGCCACUUCUGGCUACUUCACACACCGAGCCCCCACGGCACCGUCUACAUUGACGCUGGUGCCCACAAGGCGCUGCUCGGCAAGGCCGGUCUCCUACCCGUCGGUGUCGUCGACGUCGAGGGCAACUUUGCUUCGCACGAGCCUGUUCGCAUCGUGGCCGUGAACCGUCGAAAGACGCCUGGCCCUGAUGGCAAGAUGUGGGAUGGCGUCCCGGAAGAGAUUGGUCGCGCUCUGGUUAACUACGCGUCGUCUGAGAUUUCCCGCAUCAUGGGACACCAGAGUGUUGAGAUUGGCGAGCUACUCGGCUACGCCGACAGCGAGUAUGUCGCUCACAGAUCGCAUAUUGCCUUUGUGCGUAAUAACAGCCGGCCUGUGUCUCCCACCAUGAUGAGCAUGGUUUAG